AUGUCAGCUUACAAAGGACAUCAUCUGCCUCCUUCAAAUUACUCCAAAAUGUCCUGCCCCAACAACUCUCCCGCUACGAACUCGUUUUUAGUAGAUUCCCUGAUUAGUGCUUGUCGGGGUGACGGUUUCUAUUCAAGUAGUUCUAUGUACAUGCCAUCGAGCACGGAUAUGGGAACUUACGGAAUGCAGACCUGUGGACUGCUCCCGACCAUGACUAAACGAGGAGAGGUUAGCCAUCAAAAUAUGAGCAUCAGCGUUCAUCCGUAUAUAUCUCAGGUAGAUGGCUGGCCUGACCCUUCCAGGCCAUGCCGAAUUGAACAACCUGUUAGUCCACAGAUGCCCACGUGCUCCUUCCCUGCUAGCAUAAAGGAGGAAAGCACUUGCUGCAUGUAUAAUUCAGAUAAACGAGCAAAACUCAACCCGACCGCAAUCCCUACCUAUCCUAGAUUGGUGUCCGAAAACUGUUCGAUUGAAAAUCCUGAGAUCCCCAUCCCGGGAUAUUUCAGACUCUGUCAGGCUUAUCCAUUGGAGAAAAGCCUAGAUUAUAAUCAAGCUGGGGAGAUCCGGUCAAAUGUAAUGCCGCAGUCAAACCUAGGGCUUAUCAGUAAACUCCAGGUAUCCAACCAGUCACUAAUGGAAGGGAAAAUAAACGACAAGCCAAACGCACAGGAAUCCAAUAAGGGAAUUUAUGUGGAAACUCCUGAACGAAAGCCGAGUUUAGUGGAGGCCAGUGCACCCGCUGAGGAAGCCGAAUCUAGCUCGGAACUAUCGGAUAACGAGGCUAAAGAAGAGAUCAAAACUCCAAUAAGCAACUGGCUAACAGCAAAGAGUGGAAGGAAGAAGAGAUGUCCUUAUACAAAAUAUCAGACACUGGAAUUAGAGAAAGAGUUUUUAUUUAAUAUGUAUCUGACUCGUGAGCGCCGUCUAGAGAUAAGUAAGAGCGUGAAUCUGACCGACAGACAAGUCAAGAUCUGGUUUCAAAAUCGCAGAAUGAAGCUGAAGAAAAUGAACCGGGAGACCCGAAUUCGAGAACUGACCACUAAUCUAACCUUCUCUUGAGUGUGAAAUACGAUUACACUGAGAUCCCAAACAUUUAAUAUUGUAAUGAUUAACUGGAGACUGGAAACCUUCUCUUUCUCCACUCUGGGAUAUUGUCAACUAUUCUGAUUUCUCCAUUUUAGUGUUAUGGUUGUUUGAAAGUACAAUAGCACGUUUAUCUUAACAAGAAUAUUUUCUGAGAAAUUGCUCUCUCUAACGUGGGACAAACUACUUACUUUGUUUAGUAAGUAGAUUUUAAAUUAUUUGUCAUGCUACAAUUAUUCGUGUAAUUUUGGGAAAGUGUGCCGUACGUCAGAACAUCACAUUUUACAAAAUUAGGAUAUACAGAAAAAUGAAAUUUAUUUAGUGAUUACAAAUCAGACGUGACAAUAUCGUGAAAAAUCGUAUCAGAAACAGACAAUUUGAAUUGUUUAUUCUGAAGUUGCUCUUGAACAGUAGUCCCACAAAAUACCGUGUUAAACUCAUCAGGUCUCUAGAAGAAAUUCUUAGAUCCUUUUUGGAGUUUGUGAUGGAGUCGUGAUGCAAAUUUUCAUGUCUAUUUAUAUGCAUGUGUCUGUUGCACGUAUAUAUAUAUAAAUAUAAACAAUAAAUCCUAAAUUAGAUUUCA